AUGUGGGAGGCAAAGCUGGAGCUCGACACUGUCAGCUGCAAUGCCGGGAUCAGUGCGUGCGGGAAGGGCGAACAGUGGCAGCGGACUCUGGCGCUGCUCAGUGAGAUGUGGGAUACGAUUUUGAAACCCGACUCAGCUACAGCGCUGGGAUCAGCGCGUGCGGGAAGUGCGAGCAGUGGCAGCGGGCUCUGGCGCUGCUCAGCGAGAUGUGGAAGGCAAAGCUGGAGCCUCACGCUUCAGCUACAAUGCUGGAAUCAGCGCGUGCGAGAAAGAACGACAGUGGCCGCUGGCUUUGGCGCUGCUCAGCGAGAUGUGGGAGGCGAAAUCGGAGCCCAACGCUUUUUUUUUUUUAGCUACAGCGCCGGGAUCAGCGCGUGCGGGAAGGGCGGGCAGUGGCAGCGGGCUCUGGCGCUGCUCGGCGAGAUGUGGGAGGAGAAGCUGGAGCUCGACGGCGUGAGCUGCAGCGCGGGGAUCAGCGCGUGCGAGAAGGGAAGACAGUGGCAGCGGGCUCUGGCGCUGCUCAGCAAGAUGUGGGAGGCGAAGCUGGAGCCCGAAGUCUUCUACACUUCAGCUACAACGCUGGGAUGA